UGUUGUUGCUGUUUAUUUUUGAUCAUGGAAAAAAUGUAGAAAUCUUAGUAAUUUUAAUCUCAAGCCUGCCCACUUUACUGUAACUUAAAUUUUGCUUUGAAUUCUUCACAGGACGUGAUUUUUAUUGAUUGAGAUGGCGGACGACUGUGAGCUUCUAUUUUUCGAUACGUUUUCACAUGAUACAUGUGAAGAGCUCAAUUUGGAUUUAGUGCAGUUUCCUCGGCCAGUCUAUAUUUUUGAGAUCAGAAUAAUACCUCUGGGAGCUCGAGUGCAAGCUGAUUUUCCUGGAGGCCAUCGACUAGGUGCCACUAAUCCAUCUUCAUUUCAACUGGAAUUUUUCGUCAAUGACUUAAGCAAAAGAAGUGCUUCUACAUUUGAGAGACUUGGGAGUAUGGAAUAUAAGCAAAAUGUGGACAUCCAGUUUCCUGUUCCUAACAAGGUUCCAACUGAUGGAUUAGUUUUGAGAGGGUGGUACAGUGCAGUUACUCUAGCUGUUUAUGGAGUUAUCACAAAGACAACAACUAAGGAACGAUCUUCACCUCCACCCCCACCACCACCUCAGGUGAAUUCGCGACAGCCCAGUCAAGAACACUGUGCUCCUAAAGAGUUUGAGUCACCCAUUGCAGACACUUCAGUACCAGAAUGGGAAAGACAACCCAGGUUGGCUGAGGUGCCCCCUGAGCCACCUCCUCCUCCUGUGCGAUCUCAUCCACCAGUGGUUGAUCCGGGAAGGUUUGAAGUACCUCAGAUAAUUCAUCAACAACCUGAUCAACAUGUUGGCUAUCCGCCUGAAAUCCCUCCGGCAGUGAUUGGUGGUUUUUCUGAGCCUCCUCCUCCUAUUGUGUACCAGGAGUGUGUGCCCGUUCCCCAAGUACCACAAGUGGCUGCACCACCACCUCCUGUGUAUUCUCAAUAUGAAACACAUUACCAGAAGCCUUGGCCUGCACCAGAGGAACAAUACCAACCUCCUACAGAGCAGUAUGAUCACCAGAUGUAUAACCGACCACCGGAAGGCAAUAUCUAUCCCCCCACAGAUUCGGGGCGACCAAUGUGGGAAUCAAAAGACCAUCAUGCGACCGAUAUGCCUAGUCACGAACAUGACAGUUAUGUUCGACCCGGUCUUCUGGACCAUCCCAUUCAUCGUGAAAAAGACUUACUACCGAAGGACAGGGGAAGAGAUCGACCUUGGGACCGUGACAUUCAUGACUACAAAGAUGAUGAUAAUAGGUUGCGAGACCACGACUCCAAGAGAAAAGAUCGGGAACGUAGGUCCAGAGAAGCCAGCUGGGAGCGAAACACAAUCGAACCAGAACGAUACAGGGACAGAGAUCGUGACAGGGAUAGAAUCAGGGACUCGGGUAGCAGGGACCGGGAUAGGGAUAGAGAGCGCAACCGAGAUCGUGCAUUCUUAGAGAGGGGUCUUAGGAAGGAAAUAAGAGAAGUGAAGAGACCCACCACUCCACCCUCUCCCCGCAAGAACCGUCCCCACACUCCCCCCACCCCACCAGAUAUGGGUUCUGGACCUCGAACUCCGAAAGAGGAUGAACCGAUGGAAAUGUAUGAUGACAGAGGAGAAGGAGAUGCAAUUCAUCACACAAAUUUCUACGAGCCCAUUCCCAGGGAACACUUGCCUGGGGAGCAUAUGUAUAAUUUAUCCGAGGGGGAGAUUCAGGAAGGUGAUAACACUGAAGAAGAUGAUGGCUAUGAAGAGAUCGUCAGUGAAGAAGAGGACAUGUCUGAUGUUGAUGACAGAACUUUAGAUAUGAGUGAAAUAGAAUAUGAUCUGAGUGAUGAAACUUGGAAUUUCAUGUCGAGUUUUUCACCAUAUAACUGUGAACUGACUAAUUGCCAACAUUUCUUGAAUCCCACUCUGUUUAACUUUGAAAUUGUUGAAAACGGUAUACCCAAAGAAAAUAAAAAUGCCCUUGAAGAAAAAUCAGUUGAAGCCAACAAGAUUUUAGAAUCUCUUACUUUACCUGCUGAUGCCGAACGUACUGAAAGAUGGGUGGAUACUUUGGAGUCAAUAACAGAAACCACUUUGUCAAGUCUUUUGUAUUUAAAAUCUAAAGAAAAGUUUGAAGAAAUCAUUGAUGUACUUAUCAGCUGGGUUGUAGAAGGACUUGAUUUUGAGCUUGCUCUCAAGCAGCCUCAAACAGCUUACAAAGUCCGCCACCUGAAAGCUGGGAUUCGUCUCGCUACUCUAAUGUUCCAAACCAAGGCAGAUAUAAUCAAGAAACUCUUGGACAAAGAUAUUCCAAAAUAUUUAGUUGAGUUAUUUGAACAACCAUACAUGGUUUUACCAGUUAAACUCCUUAUUCUACGAGGUAUAGAUGCUGUAAUUUCUACUCAACAAGGCAUGGAGUAUGUUGUAAAUAAGCCUUUGCAGAUUACUAAGUCUAAAGAUGAGGAUGUAACCAUUAAGAAUGAAAACACAGUACAAACUGAUUCAGAAGAAUCUACCUUGAAAACAUGCUAUCAAAAACUGCUUGAAUUUUUAGUGUCUAAACAGUUAACACGAGCUGUUGUUUCAUUAUCUGCACUACUAAAUAAAAUCCACCUGUAUGAAAUUUUAUUGGAGCUUUCAGAAAGUAUUGAAAAAGUUGUGCAAAAUACAGUGUUGCCGGACCCCAAAACUAAUCCAUCCGACUCCCCUGAUAACGUCGAACCCAGAGCUGUGUCUGUGGAACCAGAUCUAGAAUCCAGUGAAAGUAUUUCCAAUUCCAGUGAAGCAUUAACUCAAGUGAUCAUAUCUUGCUUGCAAGAAACAAUUUCCUGCUACAGAAAUGCUUGGAAAACAGUGGCACAAACUAAGCGAUAUCUGCCAGCAAGAACACAGUUUGAAUUCCCUAAGUCUCCUUUUGAUCCUUAUCCUGGGCUGCUUCGAAUGUUCAAAGAAAACAAGCUACUUGAAAAUGCUUUUGUACUGUUUUCUUCACCUGCUUUAUCGGGACAUCCUGUUUUAUUGACAACAUUGAAAGAUUUCUUCAUGGAAUUGCUAUCUACUCAAGAGGGAAUGUUAUUCCUAUUAUCAAGUUCAGAAGUUGUGAAUGGAAUUCAGAAAGCACUACUGCAUACUGUGGAUGAAGCUCGUGAAGAAGCUACUGAAGAGAAUACAGCUCAAAAUUUGGGCAUGCAGCUUGCGUAUCAUUUGCAAACUAUGCUGUAUAUUGAUUGCUUAAUGGCUUACCAUGCACGAGAAAGUACAAAGAAAGUAUUAGAUGAACCUGAUACAGUUUCAGCCCUUCAUCAUAUGUACACGAUGAUCUUCUCUUUAGUGGGCCGUUCCUCAGUUGUUAAUGUUUUAACGACAGCAGAGAAUUUGAAUGCUCUUUUACCGUUCGUCCAAAUGUCAGGUGAUGAACCACUUGAUAUCAAGCAAAGCAAAUCUGUCUGCACAGCAUACGUGACAGAACUACUUUUGCUUGUUGUGCAAUAUUCUGAAAAUGUACCAACUUUAGAGAAAUUUUCCGAUGCUCUUUAUAAUUUGAGCCAGCAAGAGGUCACACCAAAACUUCAUGACCUGGGUUCAUGGAUGUCCCCUACUCGUUCCAUCUCCAGUUAUAACCAUGAGGCUGUGGCUUCACUGAUGACUGUUCUAAAAUCUCACUGUGAAGAUGCAGCCCAAUUACCAGCAGAACUGAUCACUGCAUUGCGAAUUUUGCAGUACUUAACGGUGCCAACAGGUUCUACACUUGAGGAGAAUGCUGAACUGAAGUACAUGUAUGCUAUCAUUCAAGCGUUUUCAAAUGACGGGACGGAUAGCUUGAAGGGAAUUUUGCAAAAUAUUUGUGAUACAUAUUUAAAGCCUUCUCAUCAGUCUCCUGCUUUGGUGGGAUUGCAAGGUGUUUUGGUAGUUGCCAUCGUCAAGCCUUCAAUCAGUAUUUUACGAGCCAUUUUAGCGCAUCUUAUUCUCGGUCGAGGCACUGAGUUUAAGGAUCUAACAGCUGUUCCAAUCUUGUUGAAAGUUUUUUCAUUGAUGCUUUUGAUUCCUACAUCUUCAUUUUCAUAUCAAAUUGCUCAAAAUGUACAAACAGAAAUUAUUGAAGCUCUUUUAACAUAUACUCAGCCUUUCUUAGGAUCUGCUGAAUCAGAGGAAGCUCUGAGCAAAAGUUUAUGGACAGAAAUGGUUCAAGAAAUCUUAAAGUAUACUAAGUUAUCACCAAGCAAUUUUAUGACAGGACUCACCAUACUUUCAGAACUUUUGCCUUUACCUUUGCCCUUGCAAACAAGAGAGCCACUUGCUGAGGAAGAAAUUUUAAAAAUGGUGAAUUAUAGGAAGCUUUGGAGUGCGCACUUGCAUUCGCUUAGUGGGAUCAUUCAAGAAGUGAUUGUUAGCCUUGCUGCAACUAGCUGUCAUCCUCUGCAGCAACUCUUGCGUCGUGUAUGUGUACAGUUGGCUGAUUUGUCAGCUCCUACAGCACUUUUCAUUGUGAGAGCUGUUUUAGAUGCCUUAUUAGAAACCCUCAUUCUUCUUCCACCUGACCAAAAAGAAAAUUUGGAUCCCAUAACAAAUGCUCCCCAAGAGACGCCGACUCCCAUGCUUAAAACCCCCACAUCAUUUACGGCACGAAUCUUGACGCUUGUCGCAUACUUGGUUUCUCAUGCUUCUUUCAAGAUCCCUAUGAUGCAUAUUUUGCGGGGGAGUUCGAAAGCUGACGAAAAAUAUCUAGAUGUUCUUCCACUUAUGCUUGAGCUGUUCAACACUCCAUCUGAGAAGCCUUGUGUGAUCCAAUGUCAAGAGUGCAUUGUGUCAAUCUUGCAGUCCCUAUGUGAUCCAGACAUUGGUUUCAUCACAUUUGAAAGUGGAUCAGUAGUCAAUGAUGUGCUUUCAAGUUGUCUUCCUUGUAAAGAACAAAUAUCUCAAAUAUGUGGAGCUCUUGUCCAACACAUUGGUUGCCAUCAACAUAGUUACUCUUCAGUGCUUCCCUCCCUGAGGUCGCUCGUCAUGUUGACUGAGCAUGACUAUGGAUAUUUUCAUGUCAAACAGGGUCUAGAUCUUCAUCCGAGAGCUGUGUACUCCCUCUUCACUCGCUUCAGCUUAUCCUUCAGCAAGGAUUCCAGUGACUGUCUGUCCACCUUGUCCACGACCCUGGAGUUCCUGCGACUGAUGGUCAAUGGCUACGAAGAUGGCGCUCAGACUGGUCGCUCCAUAUUGUUAUCGAUGCACGAACUGGCUGAACUUCUGCGUGGAGACGCAUCGGGAUCAAGAGACGCCAAGGAGGGAGCCAAAGGUGCAGAACCUUUCCAACCGGUGGUAGAGUUAGCGAAGCUUCUCACUGAAUUUGGAAAUGAUGAAGAAGCUGUGGAAAGUCUUUUAGAGAGCAUUUCUGGAUUGCUUUCUCUUUUAAAUAGUGCUGCUGCGAAAGAAGGGAAACCAGAAAAAGAAAUAGCAGAACCUGUUCUGUCUGCUCCAGAAAGCAUGUCAACCCAGUUUGCUUCCCGUCCGGUGUUCAUCGUGGGAGAUGUAGAAGAAGGUCGUUUGAGUCCAGCAUACUGGCUUGCGAUCCCUGGUGCUGAUGAUGCUGAUCAAGACCAGGAACAGGUCCAUGUUGAUUUACUGGCUAUUGCCGAAAAGAAUAUUCCUGGAGAAUUUGAUCUUAAGGGAACAUUAGAAAAUCUGUGCUUGAGCACCGAUGAAGAUAUGGACUUAAAAUCAAAAAAGAAAGCUAUUAGCACUAUUGGAGGCAAAAGAAAAUACCAACCACUUGUCAAUCCUGCCUUAGUUGAUGUAAAUAAUAAAAGACCUUUCAUUGCUCCCAUGCGUGGCCGUGGCUUCACUCGAGCCACUUCUCACUCCUCCCGAGCCAACGAUCCCUUCCGAUCCCGCCCACCAAACACGAGCCGCCCCCCUUCGAUGCACGUCGACGACUUUGUGGCUCUUGAAAGUCACCACUCUGGAAACAAGUCACAACCUCAAACAAAUCGAACACCCAAAGAGGGGUCCAGAGGUGGUAGAGGACGUGGAUUUGAACGUAACCAAGUAUUCCCUUCAACCCGAGGAACUGGGGGUCGCUUUUUCAGCCCUCCAGGGCCUUAUGGUAGGAGAGAGUCAAACAGGGGAGGAAAUAGAGGCACUACUCGUCUUUCAAACAACGCUUGGGGCAGUCGCUCAAAUCCUAAUUCUGGGCAGAAACUUUCACCUGGUGGUGGGCAAAGAGGAAGUUUUGGAGGUCACAGGUGUGACUACAACUCACCUUUCAACCAGCAAGACGGUAGACCCGCCGGACAGAGGAAUCGUGAUUCUUACACUGACAUGAGCAGACCUUCCAAUGUAAUUCCUCUGAACAGGUUCAAUCGAGGCCCCAGAGUGGUUGGAGGAAUGGGGCAGAACACCCAGGGUCAUUGGCAGGAUAGGAACAAAACUCAGAAUCAGAGAUAUUAUUGGUAGUGCAAGACUAGAAGAACUGCACCAAGGCUCCCUAGAUAUACCGAAGGACAGUUCCCCCAUUUCCCUGAUAUUAUUUCUCCCUGACACCUGCAGAAUGUGUUGAGAACUUGUUUUCCAGUGUCCAUUAAUGCCAUCAUUUGUACUUUAUGGUCUAGAUUUAUUUUGCCUGGAUCACCAAACAGAGGAGGUGGAAGAAGAGAUAUGAACCAAAGGCACCUUCGAUCUUUUACUAGAUAAAAUAAUGUUCCGAAACAUUUCAUGGACUUUUUAUUUUGACAACUGGACACUAUCUUUAUG